AUGUCUCCUGUCCCUCUCACGAUCAUCAAAGGCGCCGGGUCGCAACACAUUCCAAUCCCUGACGGUGAGAGUGCUAUCGUUGCAGACUUCCAUUCGAUCCAGACCCAAACGCAAGAAGGUAGCCCAACGUACCUCACCUCGGGCUUCUAUCGCAUUCAGCCGGGCCCAACACGCAACAUCCCAACGUAUACAUAUGAGGAAACCAAGUUUGUGCUUAACGGACAAAUCGAUGUUCUUGACGAGGCGACUGGCGUUACACACCACUUGGUAGCUGGAGACUGGGCUUUCUUCCCGGUUGGAAGUAAGGCGCAAUUUUCCAGCCAGAGUGGCGGGACUGCUUUCUUCGCGGUUACGAGACCAGUCAUUAACACACAUCCGGGKUUGGUGGGRAGGGAGGAGAAGGUGCCGGGAAGCCAGAGUAAGCUAUAG